GGGCGCGUUUCCCCUCAGGCCGUCCGAGCGGAGUCCGGCCUUGCAAAGCCUCCGGCCUGUCCGUUCUCCGUUGAGGGACGCUGCCUGGCCCGGGCUCCCAUGGAGGAUGGAAGUGAAAUAAGCCUGAGAGCGGAGCAGUGGCGGCAGCAGCCAUGGCUAUUUUCGACACCCCCCAGGAGGCCUUCGGAGCCCUCCGCCCCUCCUGCGUCCAGCUGACCCAAGCCCAGACAGUGGAGAACGUGGAGCGCCUCCACUCCCAGCUGCGGGUGGUCAGCGACUCAGCCCUGCAGGAACUCCAGGAAUACGUCCUUUUCCCUUUGAGAUUCGCCCUCAAGACUCCUGGGCCGAAGCGGGAGGGCGUGGUCCGAAGCGUGGUGCAGUGCGUCGGCUUCGUGCUCUCGUCCACCUGCGUGAAGAAGGCGGAUCUCCUUCUGGAGCUGUUCUCCGAGCUCUGUGUCUGCCUGGCGUCUCUCUCCAACCCAUCCCAGCUGGCCCCGUUGUCGGAGGAGCUGAAGCAGGACGUGGGCCAGGCCUUGCUCGCGCUGCUCCACUCCGCUUACGGAGACGUCCUUUUGUCUCUCUACCAGCCCUCCAGCCUUCCCCAGCUGGGCUUCGCCGUCUCCCUGCUCUUGGCCCUUGCAGAACAGGAAAAAGCCCGGCAGGUUAAGAUCACGGCCCUCCGGUGCCUGCAGGCUCUCCUUCUGCAGUGCAAUUGCCCAGAGGACCACCGGUCCCUGGAGAAAGAGGAGAGGAGGCAAUGUGGAGAUCUCUUUGCCUCCUUCCUCCCUGGCAUCUCCAUCUCUCUCUCCAAGAUUAUCUCAGCAGAUGCCAAGCAAGGUCACGCCGUCACGGUCUCGGCCAUCAAGCUCUUCUCUACGGCCGUCAGCCUGGUGAUGGCCGACGAACAGCUAGCGGAGAUUCCAGAGGAGAGGAAGAAACCAGCCUCCGGACAGAGCAAAAUGGAGGCCCUGGUGGUCCACCGAGACGCAGCCUGGACGAGAAACACGGCAUCCAAACUCUCCAUCCUUAUCAAGAAGGUGGCCGCAUCUGCCUCUGUCCACCCUCACUGGAAGGUGCGACGGGAGCUGGUGGAAAUGGCCCACCUCCUCCUGACCACCUGCGGGCGCUCGUUGGUGGACUCGGCCGGCCAGCUGUUAAAAGCCUUGGUCGGCCUUGUGAAUGACGAGAGCCCCGAGGUCCAGCGUCCGAGCGAGAGGGCCUUGAAGGAGAUGUCCGCGCAGGAGAGAGUGGCCGGGAACAGGCUCCUGGCCGACAUCCUAUCUGAGGAUCUCCACUCUCUGGCCACUGCUCUGCCCCGCUUAAUGACCUCCCAGAACGACCAAGGCAAGGUGGCCACUUUGAACCUGGCCCUGGGGUACCUGAAGCUCUUGGGCCCCAAAGUGAGUGUGGUUCUCCACUCUGCCUCCCACCUUCAGCGUCUGUCCAAGGCCCUGAUGCAAGUCCUGGAGCUGGAGGUGAAGGACGUGAAGGUGGUGGAGGAGAGGAGCUGUGCCCCGGAAGCUUUUCCUCAGCCCGCCCGGGGCAGCCUCCAGAGGAAGUACUUCCGCUUCUUCACGGACGACCGGAUUUUCCCCCUCCUGCAGCAGAUUUGCCGGGCUCUGGGCACUUACGGGAAUCUCUACUUGCUUGUGGAUCACUUCAUGGACCUGUACAGGGAGUCCGCCGCGUACCGGAAGCAGGCCGCCAUGGUUGUCAAUGAACUGAUCGCUGGAGCCGCAGGGCAGGAGGCGCGGAACACCUCGCUGAGCUCUGAGGAUCUCGUGGGGAUCGUGACGUCCGUGCUAGAAGAAUACGUGGACUCCGGAAACUGGCAUUUGGCCACCCGCUUGGAGGUCCAAGAGUCCUGCGAUGAAUCCACAGCCACAGAGGCCAGGCCCCUUGCUGUUACGUAUGGAGCAGCUCACGCACCUCUGGUGUCCCCGGGCUCGAGCCCCACCCUCCGCUGUAUGAACAGCAACAUUUGGCAGGUCUGUAUCCAACUGGAAGGGAUCAGCACCUUUGCCUCCACCCUGGGGAAGGACUUCCGCUUGCUCUUAAUCUCCGCUUUGUACCCUGUGCUGGAAAAGGCUGGGGACGGCACGCUCCUGGUCAGCCAGACGGCAAAGGGGACCCUGGCCGACAUCUGCCAGGCCUGCGGCUACCUCUCUGUCCCUGAGCUCCUCAGGCAGAACGCCGAUUACCUGGUGAACGGGGUCUCCUUGCACCUGAGGCACCCGGCCGAUGAGCCCCACGCCUUGCAGGUCCUGGAGGCCAUGCUGCGACACUCGGAUGCCCAGGGGGCGCCCUUGGUGGAGGACCUGGUGGAAGACAUUUUGGCCAGGCUGGAUCAGUGUCACAGUGAACGGGCGUCUUCGUUCCUGGGGGCUCUACGGACCCUGAUGGCCUCGCUAGCUUCCUGGUUUGGGCCAGAGCAGGAAACCCACCGAAAGCCGGAAGGGGGUUCCUCCUGCCCGCCGACACCGAGGCCAGCCAACCUUCCCACUGCAGCCGAAAUGGAAGAGUUCUUCUCGGCAUACGUGAAGCAAAAGCAGAUGGCAGAGGGGGAUGUCGAGGAGGAGGAAGAAGAGGAUCCUGCAGUGCCGCCCGACGCACCGGAAGGAUCUCCCGAGGCAGACAGGCCGCUGCCCUUGCAGGCCAAGAUGGCGAAAGAUGUCCUGGAGAGGGCUGUCCACUUGCUGCCCAGCAAGAGCCUCGCGGUGCGGCUGAAGGCCCUCGAAGUCCUUGAGCUUGGUGUGAUGGUCCUUGGUCCACAUGAAAACGUGCUCCUCCCGUUGGCACAUCGGGCGUGGCCUGCUCUCGUCUGCCGCUUGAUUAACGAUGACCCCUUGGCUGUCCUCCGGGCCUUUCAGGUGCUGUGCACUCUCGGGGCCCACAGCGGGGAUUUCCUACGGAGCCGCUUCUCCAAAGAUGUCUUGCCAAAGCUGGCUGCCUCCCUUGUCGCCCAGGCCCCCACCAGCGCUCACGCCGGGCCCGUCUACAGCCACACCCUAGCCUUCAAACUGCAGCUGGCUGUGCUCCAGGGCCUCGGGUCCCUCUGCCAGGCUCUGGAUCUGGGCGAGAACGACCUGAAUACGGUGGUGGAUGCCUGCCUGCCCUACCUCAGCGCCAGGCAGCCUGGGAGGCUGCAAGAAGCUGCUCGCAGUGUUUUCCUUCGCCUGAUGGAGGUCGAUCCGGAUGCCAUCUGGUUCUUCCUCUGCAACGUCUGGUGCCCCAGGAACCUGGAGGCCCCCCACCCCUGCCUGCGCCCCGUGAAACUAGCAGGGAGCGAGAAGACGCGGAACGAGUUCACGGACAAUGUGCAGAGCCUCUUGGACCAGCUGGGCGGUUGAGGGCGAUAGAAGAGCGCCCGGGCACACUCGCGCUGUGGAGGCGGUUGCUUCAUAGGACAGAGGUUGCCACGGAGAAGGGCCGUUUCCAGACUUCUGAACAUCCACAGCACCGGCCAAAUCUACACAGAGCAAAAAAACCUUCGAGGCGCCUAGAACCCGCAUCGUGAGGGGUGCUGGCAGACGAUACCUGGAACCUGAUUUGUCCAUACGUUGUCGUGAGGCUGCCUUCUGCCCUUUGGAGCUGCAUGAUUCUCUGGACUCACGGCAAGCCACGAAACAUAGCUGGUGCUAAUCCUGCCUGGGCCCAAGAUGGAGAGCAAAGUCCCAAGCGGCUUCCUUUCCUGGUUUACCGCCUGUUCCUGGUUGACCGUGUGGAUUAAGAUGAACAGAA